AUGACGGACGGCCCGUCUUCCCGCGUUGGACGGAGGGCCGCGGCAGCGUGCACCUUUUGUCGACGGCGAAAGAUCAAAUGCAGUAACGAUCAGCCAACAUGUAAUAAUUGCAAGACAUAUGGAAAAGAGUGUAUCUAUACGCCUAUCGAUCAUGGCCCAGCCUCGGCCUCGGCUUCAGUCCAAAGGCUGCGUCCCUCGACUAGACGGUCUACUGUAUCGCCCAGGGCUAAAACGAACGACACUCGCAGAGACGCCGUAUCGGAAAGGCCUGCUUCGCCACCAUCGUCCUCGAACCAGAAUGCACCCAGAUCCGGAUCUAGUUCCGUUUCAAACACGAUCCGUAAUCAUCAAAAUGCUGAGCCACGCAUGUUUGUAUCAGCGGCUGGCGAAUCUCGUUACCAUGGUCGUACGAGCACUCUGUUUGAAGAAAACUUACAGCUGAACCCCUCAAAGGACGCUGGAUCGCGAAUUUCCGAUGAUGUGAUUGAGUCGGGAUUGGUUGCAAAUGCAUUACGGCAACGCCAACUUGAAAAUUUGAACUUACGAGCAGGAAAGCUUGACUUUGACGGACUAGACCCGGAGCUCGGGCUCCAUCUUUUGUCUCUUCACUGGAACCGACAGCACCAUUCCUUCUUGGUCACCUAUCGGCCAGCAUUUAUGCGGGACAUGGCUUGUGGCGGUCCUUAUUUCUCAAAGCUUUUGCUCAAUGCCAUUUAUUAUGGUGCAUCAAAGUUUAGUCCCCGCCAUGAAGUUCGCAAGGAUCCCACGGAUGUGCGUACAGCUGGUUGGAAGUUUCGGGAGCGCGUUCGUCAGCUACUAGGUAGCGCGCUAGACCAGAGCAACAUCACCACCAUCCAAGCCCUUCUUAUCAUGACAAAUUCCCUUUUUGCUCUUGGCGACGAGCGCAGUGCGGCUUGGCUAUAUGCCGGACUCGCAUUGAGGAUGAUUGUGGAUCUGGGAAUGCAUAUUGAUCUUGUCAAUGUUGUAGGAACACGGCAAUUCACAGACGAAGACUUGGAGAUUCGAAGGCGGGUGUUUUGGGGAGCUUUUGUCGUUGAUAAGAUCCAAAGUCUUUAUCAAGGCCGACCAUUCACAAUCAAAGAAUCAGACACUCUAGUGCCGAUCAAGUUCCUCGAUACAUAUGAGGAGCUGUAA